ACUUCGGCUCUCUGACGCUUGUGUCAGUCAGUCAAUCGAUGGUGCCGCCGCUCCUGAGCAGCAAAAAACGGGGAGAAAAGAUUCAUAAAUUGGCACCGAGCAAGAGAAUUAACUCGUCAAUUACACACGAACGACCAAGAGGAAUAAACCCUUGCCAGGCUCUACACACUGAGUGUAACCCAGGGCAGCAGCGAUGUCGGGCUCCUAUGAUGACUCCAUGAUCGAUGUCUCCAGUGACAGCUUCUGGGAGGUUGGUAACUACAAGCGAACAGUUAAACGGGUAGACGAUGGCAACCGACUCUGUAAUGAUCUCAUGAACUGUCUUCAUGAGCGGGCACGUAUUGAAAAGUCCUACGCACAGCAGCUCACAGAAUGGGGGAAACGCUGGCGGCAACUCAUAGAAAAAGGCCCUCAGUAUGGUUCAUUGGAGCGGGCGUGGUCGGCUCUGUGCACAGAGGCGGAGAAGGUGAGCGAGCUCCACAUGGAGGUGAAAGCAGCACUGAUGGGAGAAGACUACGAGAAGCUAAAGAACUGGCAGAGAGACGCCUACCACAAACAGAUGAUCGGCGGCUUCAAGGAGACUAAAGAAGCUGACGACGGCUUCCGUAAGGCUCAGAAACCCUGGGCAAAGAAACUCAAAGAGAUGGAGACAAUGAAGAAGUCUUACCACUCUGCCUGCAAAGAAGAGAAGCUGGCAGCCAGCAGGGAGACCAACAGCAAACUGGAGAGCAACAACAACCCUGAUGCCCAAAAGAAGCUCCAGGAAAAGGUGGAGAAGUGUCAGCAGGAGGUGCAGAAGACUAAAGAACGCUAUGAGAAAUCCCUGGAAGAACUCGACAAGUUGACCCCUCAGUAUAUGGAGAACAUGGAGCAGGUGUUUGAGCAGUGGCAACAGUUUGAAGACAAACGCAUCCGCUUCUUCUCAGAGCUGCUGCUGGAGGUUAAACAGCACCUGGAUCUCUCAACCAAUCACAGAUUCCAGACAAUCUACCACACGCUGGAAGACACAGUCACUGCUACUGAUGCUGAAGAGGACCUGAAGUGGUUCCGGUCCAACCACGGCCCCGGCAUGCCAAUGAACUGGCCCCAGUUUGAGAAUUUGGACUGGUCGCAUCCUCGCUCCUUUAAGAGAAGGUCCAUUGUAGACUGGUCCAUAGACCUGAACCGAACCCUCAGCAGACGAGAAAAGAAGAAGCCAUCAGAGGGCGUCACUUUGACAGGCAUCAGUCAAACUGGGUCAGACCAGCCUGUUCAGCCUGCCAAGACCAGCAGCAGCCUUACUGUGCCCACUCAAACAGCGCCAGUGGGCACAAACCCUUUUGAAGACGACGACGAGGAAGAGGAGGAGGAGAUGGCCGUGGAGCAGCAGACCUCAGUCAACCACAUCAGUGUGAAUAAAGAGGAAAUAAAAACUGCGAGCAGUGUGGAGAAGACUCCAGACUGGUCGGAUGAAGACACAGGUGGAAACCCUUUCUCCGCCAACGGUGAUGGGAAUCCAUUUGAAGAUGAGCCGGCCUCUCCGGUCGUGUCUGUGCCUGUCAAAGCCCUCUAUGACUAUGAAGGACAGGAGCAGGAUGAGCUGAGCUUCAAAGCAGGGGAUGAAUUCACCAAAAUUGGUGAAGAAGAUGAUCAGGGUUGGUGCAAAGGCCGGCUCAAGGACGGACAAACAGGCCUCUAUCCUGCUAACUAUGUGGAAGACAUCCAGUAACGAGUUAUCACAAAUGAAUAAAUGUGAAGAAAACAAAGUGGUGCGUUGCGAAAUGACAGUGCGGCUGGAAACGAGAAAGGCUCUGCUUUUGUGUUCAGUCCCUUUUUCUCCCUGUUGGUGAAGACUGGACUGGUGUGGGGAGACGGACAGAGAAGAGAAGUUGCAGAUUGUAAAAGGACCACUUGAGAUAUUUCACAGAUUGACCCUCAUAGAAACUAAGUACAAGAUGGAAAUUAAAGUUUCCAGAUGAUUCCAGGCGAGGAAGAUCACAGAAAAAAAAAUGCUGUCAGCGUAAGAUAUGUUACUUAGAAUCCCAUGUAUGCUGUUACAAAAAUAAUAGCUUUUCAAGUAUAUAUUAGAUAAAAUGAAAUGUAUGUGUGAAUUUAUAUAUUGUUUAAAUGAAACACUGGGAUGACAGUCUGACAAAUCGUCUUGCGAUGUUACAUGCAGCCUUAAUAUGCAAGCCACUAUGGAUUCAUUAAGGGAGAUGACCUUCUUUAUAACCAUAAUUAUCUGAUUUAGGUUUAAAACCUGUUCUGCCUGUUAGAGUCCAGUCCAUAAAUGUUAAUUGUUUUGGUUUUUUUGGACAAAGUAGGCCCUUAUGUUGAGAUUAUUGUGUCAGAUUUAACUUGAUUUUAAGCUAGUGCUUACAUUGUUCUGUCAUUCCUUUCAGGGUUUUGUUUUUCCAUUCAGUUCAUUAACUGUUCUGGUUAUUGUUGUUUUUAAGGAAUGAUGAAGAUCAGUAGAGCCUUAUUAUAUGAAAUAGACUUCAUUUAGUUCUCAGUGGGUAGGUUUCUCUAGUCACUGCCAUUGAAUGUAUAUUCACUGAUUGUAUUUCCUCACUUAUUGAUUGUUUUUGCUGAUGUUGGGUUUUUGAAAACCACUGACCCAUUAACACCCCGAGCAACUGUCCUCAAGCUUUUCACAAAAAUCUAUCUGCUUUCUGUUGAAUGUAGAUUAUAAUACUAUGUGGGUUAUUUUGUUUUCAUGCGACACUGAACGUUUUUCACAAGUUUAUCUCACUUGAAUCUCCAUGUUUUACCUACUCUCACUUCUUGUUAAAUGUGUCAAGUUAUGGGAGAUAUUUUUAGUGUUUUUUUUAAAAAACAUAUUACAGGUUAUAGCAAUAAAAAACAGCGUUGCAUACAUACAUGCAUGUAAAUAGCCUGGAUGAAACAUAUUAGAACAAAUUAAGCAUUGAGAUCAGAUGAUAUGAAGUUGGAAAUUGAUGAUUGUUAAUUUAUGCCACAAGUGCUUUUGUUCUACUCUUGUUAGAAUGCUGUGACUGAGAAUCAGUUUGUAUAAUAAUUGAAUAUUUUAUGGCAAAUAUCCCUUGAAUCUGUCAUUUGUUAUAUUUGUAAAUAGGAUAGUUUUUCCCCUUCACAGAGGGCCAUACUCAUUUAAUUAAUCAACAAAUACCAUGUGAAUAAUUGUACAUUUUCUAUGAGCUAUGACGUGAAUGGAUAUACCUGAUUUCAUGAGCUUAAUACAUAUGUUUUGAUCAUUAAGUAUUUUGUCAGCUUGCAUCAGCUUUUAUUUCACUUGCGCAAGCUCCAAAUUUAUUAAUAAGCCCAAUGUGUCGAUGAAAUUUUUGAAAAUGCUCUUUGAUGCCUUCAACUGCAGCACGAGAGGAAGAUGAAUUUUGUUUUUGUCUUUAAUAAUAGUGAGAAAGAAGAUGUUUUGCCAUGUUUUCAGGGCAUGCUGUCAUCAAAACGCAGCAACAGCUGUACUUGCACAGUAAGGUUUGUAAAUGUUGUCCCAUGACAUAAUAAAUGAAUUUAUUGGAAAAAA